CCUUCUCCGACCCGGAGAGCCAUCUUCGACGAGGAAAUCCACCCCUGGCAUCCCGAAGGAUCGGCAAUAAGGAGCUGAAGGUCUGAAAGAGCUGGCAAACAGUACUUUGCAGACUAGAGAAUGAAAGACUGGAGAUGAGCGCUAGGAAAAGCAGCCGCUGGGCGGAAGGGCGUGAAGGGCAAGCAUGCUGUUGGUAAAGCUGGCGAUAGAUCGGGCUCUGGCGGAAGCAAAGGACACGGGAGAUAAACAGAAGGAGGCUCCAGGAGCGAUGACCACCGGCGCCCGGCAGGGAGGGUCCCCCGGGAACCUAAAGGAGGACCAAGUGUCAGCACAGACCCCGCCCUCAGGCCCUCCUCCGGUGACAGACUCGGAAUGGUGGGAUCUGAGUGCGGAAGAACAGUAGAUUGGCCUGGGCCAAAACCACUCAGGACCCUCAGAUUGCGGUGGGUUCCCAGUCCCCACUAGAAAAGAAGAUUAAGGACGUCUAAGGCAAAAUCUUCAACCGGGAGGUGGCCCUACGGAAGCGAUGUGUGGGAGGUUUGGAGAGAAAGCCAGGGAACACGGCUAGGAGACCCCAACAGGGACACGGUGUCGAGUGCCAGGCAGAGCUACUAGCCCCCUGUGCAUGUGCCAUGGCCUGUAACAAAGGACAUCCGACUUAAAAAACUUCUAAUGCUUCCCUCUGACAAGAGUCUAGGUGGCAUCCAUUCUUCCAAAGUAAGGGAACUGUUGCUCCGAAGGGUUCAACAGGAGAACGAAACACUUCAUCAACUCAAAGCCGUGUCUUUCGAUUUCCAGUUUGCCAAAGCAGAGGCGGAUUACUAUCGACAAUACCAAGAAAUGAUGCUGGGGAAAGCAUGGAAAUACAGAAUGGUUCCAAGGCGGGAACUCAAAACACAGAGAGAGAGACCACAUAGUGAAAAACCAGGAGAUGCUAAAAAAUGGGACUCUUUAGUGCCUGAGAGGGAGCUGGGCCAGAUAGAGAGGCACAUACACCGAGCAAAACGGGCCAGAGGCCUCAGAGACCACAACUAUCAGCCCCUCCCUCGAAGGAGUCUCAGCGUAACAAUCUUCCCCAAAAUUUUACCCCUAGGGAAGGAUGAAAAGACGGACAUUCUCCAGAAAACACACAAAACGAAGACCAAAAAACACAGGGCAGCCUGGGCCAAGGAACAGAUCAAGGGGCAUCGAGACCGGAUGACGCGGGGGAGAGAGCUCACGGAGCAGAGAAGGGAGAGCCGAGGUCAAGGGCUCUCGGGCCUGGCGCCCCCUCUCCGCAGGCCUCGGGCGCACAGGGAGGAAGUGAAAGAAUUCGAGUGGGUCACAGCCUAUCCGAUGGCCCAGCCUUACCAGGAAACGCUCCUAGAAGUGACCAUCCUCAUGGAAAAGUCCAAGAAGGAGAGCGUCAAAAAGCCACUCCAAAGAGAGCUCUUGACUAUGCCACCAUUUUUGAGAAGUCAGCUAGAAAAAAGUAAAGUUUAAGUUAUUUUCUGGA